GUUGCAGAAAAAAUAUCGAUAUAAACAUUUUAACCUCGAAAAGAAAAAUUUACGGAUUUCUUACGGAUAAUGGGCACUGACGAACGAAAUUUUCGUUCCGUUUAUUACGAAAAAGUCGGUUUUAAAAGUGUGGAAGAGAAGAAAUCCAUCGAAAUGUUACUGAAAGAAAAACCCAUAGACCAAGUGAAACUGAAACAAUUUUGCCUGAGAUUUACCGUGCCCCACAUAUACAGGGCUCUCGUUUGGAAACUCUUACUGGGCAUUAUUCCUAUGCACAUAAAGUGCCACAAGUUCGUAAUGGAACAAAGAAAACAAGAAUACGACGAUCUAUACCAUACAUUACAUGUUAUAAAAAAUUUCAAUGAAAAAACUCCUAAACAGCAAAUAUUUCUUUAUAUGUGGUUAAUUCAAACGAGGAAACUCACUUUUAAUAUCAAUUUAGAACAAAAUUCCGAUGCAGAAAGCUUUACAGCAAUCAUUGAAUAUUUAUUAUACGUUAUUGAAGACGAUGUAGAUCUUUAUUGGAUCGGAAUAAAAAUUUACGAUAAAAUCUCAAAACAUCAAGAAGAAAUUCCAAAAUUAAUCGAAUGUACACAUAAUUUAAUCGAAAAAGAGGACCCAGACUUGUAUAGAUACCUUGUUCAAAAUAAUUUACUAGAGAGUAUACCUUUAAAAAAGUGGUUUAAUUGUUGGUUUGCGGGAAUAUUAAAUGAAAACUGUCUUGCGAGGAUAUGGGAUAAAACUUGUGGAGGAUCGUAUAAAAUUUUGGCAUUUCUUGUACCCAUUAUACUUACGACAUUGAGACAUAAAAUUAUGAAGACAACAGAUAUCCAGGCUGUAAUUGACAACAUAAAAAAUAUUCCCGAAGAUACAACAGACAGCAUCAUAAAUAAAUCUAUAGACAAAUGGCAACACCACGGUAGCCCUCUUACUGUGCAAGAUAAACCAAAAACUAACUAAACUUAUUAUUUUUAACUGACUGAACUCAUUUAU